AUGAAUAUUCGGCUACGAGCAAUCGUUAAUCGAACUUGCUUCACGAAAGGAAAAAGGCAAUGGAUGGGGUUGUUUAUCUUUCUUGCUAUUAUUGGAGUGGAACUUGUUGUUUUGGCGAACUUUUAUGAUAAGCGGAAACAGAAUGUUCGCAGCAAUUUCGAAUCGCAGUACCACGAGUUUGUGCAGGGAAGGACAUUUGACGCAAAAUCGUCCACAGCAAAUGAGCCGGAUAUCUUUUCCAAGUCACCCUUGUUACAUGGUGACAAAUUAAAAGAUUUCAAGGACAACCUUUUGUCACAAAGAAAGUUUGCGUCUCGCAGAAAUGAUGAUUCUGUUAUGUUGCCAAUGAUUCAGUCUCGUUGCUCGCAGUUUAAUUUCUCGUUUGCUUCGCCAGUUUUGAAACCGAAUUUCGACGAUCGCGAGGAAGUAUUUCUUCUUACUCUUAUCAUGUCUGGGGUUGGUAAGCGUUCCUUUAAAGAUCGCAGAAACGCCAUUCGUCGCACGUGGCUAAGGAACAUAACUUUAAAUUUCAAAAAGUUGAAACAUGUUUUUCUGCUUGGCAGAAGUGAUGAUCCAGAAAUAGAAUUGGAAACAAGACGCGAGGCCCUUUAUUACAAUGAUAUUUUAGUGUUAAACUCUACGGAUAACUACGAGAAUUUAAUUAUCAAAGUUUUCUCGGGAUUUCGCUGGGCCUUUUUGCAAGUCAAGCCACAGUUUAUCCUGAAAGCAGAUGACGAUGUUUACAUCCGUCUACCACUCCUAACGAAAUGGUUGAAUGAAUCAACUAGUGAGAAUUUUUAUGGCGGUCGUGUUUAUGGUGACGGAGCGCCCGUUAGAAGAUUCGAGGACGAAGAAAAUGCAAAUGCUGUUGCUAAAGACUGUUACCCCGAAGAGCGUUUUCCACCGUAUUCUGCUGGACCGUUUUACGUAAUAUCCUCAAGUAUUGUGCCAUCUUUAUUUCGGAGCAUGCGAACGAGGAAAGUCUUCCCAGUUGAGGAUGCUUACCUAGGAGUUCUGGCGAACGCAAGUAACGUUAACCCCGUAAAAAUUCCUGGAUUUCAUGUCCAUGACAACAUGAUAUAUCACGACAACUGUCUCUGGGCUUCGGUUAUUGCCGCGGGCCACCAUUUUAAUGUCUCUCAUUUAUACUACGUAAAUGCCAAACUGCGGGAAGUGGAGCAACUUGAGCUGGCUCCAAUUUACAAUUAUUGCCGUUUACAUCAAACAAUUACAUUCGUGGCAAUGGUGGUUUUGCAUUUGGCUUUCUUAGGGACUGUUUUGGUGGCUUUUGUUCUGAUAUUUCGCCAAUACCUAAGAAAAUGUCAUGUAAAUGAUCUUUAG